AUGCAGGUUUUCGCGACGUUCGUUGUAGCGAUGUUGUUCAUGUCCGCGCCCACAGUACAAGCUGAAAACUGCACCACUCAAGCGAUCAACGACGUGCUUCAGCCGAUGACAUCAGACCCUAACUACAUCGCGUGCCAGUCAGACAGCAACUACACGCUGCAGUCGCUUGCUGGUCCCUCGCUCAAGCAGAUCCGGGCAUUCUGCUCGAGCUCUGCUUGCCAGACUCUGCUAAAUAACAUGCAGGCGUCGGGUAUCCUGCCAGACUGUAACGUGGCUACUGGCAACCAUCCUCUCAGUCUGACGGAUGCCGUAGUUCUUGUAUCUUCCAAGUGUGUGCCAUCACCUGCUCCGUUGAAGCUUCAAGAGCGGGUUGUCGACAAUAGCGACGUCGACAGCAAAGCGAAACGUAUCUCAGGCCACAUCUCUUCUGCAUUAAGCCACUCAGCUCCAAUGGAUGACGUCGGCGGAGUGGCUGGGGCUCUUCUAUCUCUACUGCGCCGAUAAACACCAAGCUAGAUGUUGAAGUUGUCCACAAAAGUAUUCCCGUCCUGUUAAUGCGAAUAUUUACGUAUUUCACUGUACAUCCCUGUCAAAGUUCCA